UCUUCUUGGGAUUCCCCACUUUGAUUAUAAUACCGGGAACACGAUGCACACUCAAGGUAUCAGAUCAUGCAUACUAGAAUGAAAGGCUAAAGAUCCCCCAAAUGAGUAAGGGGCUUCAUUGCCUACGUCUCAAGCUAUCUUGCAGACCUCUAUAUUUAGUGAAAAUGACAUAGUAUGGUACAAACAAUCCCACAAUUACUUUUUAACAGCAUAACAGGUUUCGCUCCUUGGACCACCUUUUGUCGCUAUCUUGAGGAUAUGUACAGCCGACUGCAUACAAUCCAACAUAUAUAUUGGCUCUCCAACAUCAAGUUUAUUCUAUACCUGAGAGAACACUCAAAGCAUUUGGAGUGGUAGAAGACCUUUAAUAUCCAGUUUAGUUCGUCCAAAUACCUUGCGAUUAUUUCUGGUAGAACAAUACCAAUAGGCGAAGCUCAGUGUUCCUAAGAUCAUCACCAUCUCAUACUAUACAUUUGUCUGUAAAGUUGUUUAACGCUUUUAGUAGUGCAGAAUACGUUAUGUUCGUUAGCUGAAGUGUACAAAGUCUGUUAGGGAGUUGGGAGCUGGAUUCAAGUCUCCCGCCCAUAUGUGUGUAUAUAUACAUUCACCUGAUCUGUAUAUGAUGAAUGGAUUUACAGGAACUGCAUUUCUUGUAAUCCGAAACACACACACACACACAUAGAGAGAGAAAGCGGUUGCUCCUUCCUCUGGAAGCUAUCAACAAUGGCGGUUUCUAUUUUUGUUAUAAAUUCGAACUCUCAAGAGGAACUUCCGCCGCUGGAAGAUUGCCGGCUGUACAGGGUCAAUAUUACGGAGCUUCUUUCAAAGCCAGACGUAUAUGAGUCUUUCUUCAAUGUACUGUCUGAUGUCAGUGACGGUGAAAUAAAUAGAGAAAUGUUGAAAAUAAUGGCUGCUAAUAGGCGGCAUGAACUUUACGUUCUUCUUGGUCCUGUGGUGAAUUGGGAUGGAGAUACACCAAUCAUCUACUCUGGGAUUCAGGUUUGUGUGGAAGGAAACAUCGCAGAUGUUCCUGACUUAGGUGGUGAAAAGUUUUCUGAUUGUUUCUUUGUGUUCCGGGAUAUGCCGGAAAACCUGGAUUUUCCAGAACUUGUUGGAGUAAAUAUUCUGAAAGUGUAUGCAGUAGAGCAAGAUUAUGCAAAUACUGCAGUGCAACUAAUGACAAGAUAUUACAAUGGUGAUGCAGCAGAGGAUGCUUUACAAUUGAUUCCAGAGUUAGAAGGCCAUAUUUUCAUUCAGCUUCAGACAAGAACUUGGCCUUUAGUACACUAUGUGGGAGUAUUUGACAAACCGAAUCUAGCUCUGUUUGAUCAUUGGACGUCAAAUGGUUUUUCACCAAUCAUCAUUGGAAAAAUUAAGUAUCUAAAGUAUAAGAAAGAGGUAGUCUGUGCCAUGAUAAAGUGGUUGAAUGAUUAUGAGCCAAUUGUUGCUGCAAAUAUUUUCUGGUCUCACCCUCAGCUAUUCUCACUUGCUCGAAAUAAUUUUAAGAAAUGGCUGUCCGGCGAUCUGAAUUCCGUAGAUCAUUCAUUUGCCGCGAGGAUCCUUGAAAUGGAAUUUUAUAGCUGUAGAUCACCCAUUCUUAAAGAGAGGCCCUGGAAUGAAGUUGAAGAUCGCAUAAUCGUUGCUAUCAAUCGAGGAGCACCAGUCAGUCUAGAGGUGAUGGAUCCAGUGAUACGGAAAGUUGCUGACAUAUACUUUAAUGCUGUCCUUCCCAUUAUGUUGUCUGAAGUUGAUCGGUCUCUGUUGCUGCUUCGUGGUUUGCAAUUUCGUCCAACUGAUGAGAUAAUGGUCAAUAGCUACGCUAAACAAUGUUACAGUUUCUUUCUUCCAGCUGCAGCUGAGGAUCAUGAAUUUAUCAGAAGAGGACAUCAGACAAUCACUUGGAAAGACUCUUGCGACGGCAUUUGACUAUGUAUAUGGGCUAUUACCAGAGGUUGUGGAUUAGGAAGAGAUUCGGAAUUCAUGCAAAAUGGAUUUCAGUUUGACAUUAAUUCUGUAGUCUGACUACAUAUCAUCAUCUGUCUCUGAGUACUAACUUCUCUUACAACAGAUGUUUGGGUAUGCAGUUAUUGACAUUUCAGUUGUGUGUGUGAACUUUCUUGAAAGUGGUUUGCAUGGUUGGUCUUGUUGGAUUUUACAUUAAUCAAUCAAAUGAGAUUUGGGUUUUAUU